CUCCCGGCCGGCGAGCUGCUGCGCUGACAGGGCCGCAGCGGCUAACCCCACCUCACUUUAUCAGAACGUGCCUGAGCUGCUGCACCUGGCAGCCGGCACCCGGCACCCGGCUGCGCUCGGCGAAGAGGGCUGGGGGCGGGAGAUGACAAGUGGUCUCCUCCCUGCUUGGCCCUCUGCGAGCACCAGCUACCUUCUCCUCCUGACCCCACGGUUGCAGACGAAGCAGGUUCUGUCCUGGAUGUUAGAAACACAACAGUGAGCAGAAACAUGCAUAGUUCCUGCUUCCACAACACUUGAGUGAACUGUAUGUGCAAAGUCUCUGUGGCACAAAGAGAUCUGGUUGGAGUUGGAGGGUGAGAGAAAAUGAAUUCUUUUUCUAAUUUACCUGCAGAGGACUUAACCAUUGCAGUCAAUAUGACCAAGACUUUGCCUACAGCAGUAACCCAUGGAUUUAAUUCCACUAAUGACCCACCUUCAAUGUCAAUUACAAGGCUUUUUCCAGCCUUACUAGAAUGCUUUGGCAUUGUCCUUUGUGGCUACAUAGCAGGAAGGGCCAAUGUCAUAACAUCCACACAGGCCAAAGGACUGGGAAAUUUUGUCUCCAGAUUUGCACUUCCGGCUUUAUUAUUCAAAAACAUGGUUGUACUUAAUUUUUCCAAUGUGGAUUGGUCCUUCCUAUACAGCAUCUUAAUUGCCAAAGCCUCUGUAUUUUUCAUUGUAUGUGUAUUAACCUUAUUGGUUGCCAGUCCUGACAGUAGAUUUAGCAAAGCUGGACUAUUCCCUAUUUUUGCUACACAAAGUAAUGACUUUGCAUUGGGAUACCCUAUAGUUGAAGCUUUAUAUCAAACUACAUAUCCAGAAUAUCUCCAGUACAUUUAUUUGGUGGCACCAAUAUCUCUUAUGAUGUUAAACCCUAUAGGCUUUAUCUUCUGUGAAAUCCAAAGGUGGAAAGAUACUCAAAAUGCUUCUCAAAAUAAAGUAAAAAUUGUGGGACUCGGACUCCUGCAUGUAUUACAGAACCCAAUAGUAUUUAUGGUCUUCAUUGGCAUCGCCUUCAAUUUUAUUCUUGAUCGAAAGGUUCCUGUAUAUGUAGAAAAUUUUCUUGAUGGACUUGGAAAUUCUUUUUCUGGAUCAGCCCUAUUUUAUCUUGGUCUCACGAUGGUAGGAAAAAUAAAGAGACUGAAGAAGUCAGCAUUUGUUGUACUAAUUCUUCUCAUCACAGCUAAACUUCUGGUGCUGCCACUUCUGUGCAGAGAAAUGGUGGAACUCUUGGACAAGGGCGACAGUGUAGUAAACCAUACAAGUUUAUCAAAUUAUGCGUUUCUGUAUGGUGUCUUUCCUGUAGCACCAGGAGUGGCUAUCUUUGCAACACAGUUCAACAUGGAAGUAGAAAUUAUAACCUCAGGGAUGGUGAUAAGCACAUUUGUGUCUGCUCCCAUCAUGUAUGUUUCUGCCUGGUUACUGACUUUUCCCACUAUGGACCCUAAGCCAUUGGCAUAUGCCAUCCAGAAUGUUAGUUUUGAUAUAAGUAUUGUCAGCCUGAUCUCCUUGAUCUGGUCUCUGGCUAUUCUUCUUUUGAGCAAGAAAUAUAAACAGCUUCCUCAUAUGCUUACAACUAAUUUACUCAUUGCUCAGUCUAUUGUCUGUGCUGGAAUGAUGAUAUGGAAUUUUGUUAAAGAAAAAAAUUUUGUUGGACAAAUUUUGGUGUUUGUUCUAUUGUACAGCUCCCUCUAUAGCACCUACCUGUGGACAGGACUUCUAGCAAUUUCUUUGUUUCUUUUGAAAAAGCGAGAGAGGGUACAAAUUCCUGUUGGAAUCAUCAUCAUAUCUGGCUGGGGAAUUCCUGCUCUCCUUGUUGGUGUCCUUUUGAUAACCGGAAAACACAAUGGAGAUAGCAUCGACUCCGCCUUCUUUUAUGGAAAAGAACAGAUGAUCACCACAGCAGUCACCCUGUUCUGCAGCAUCCUGAUAGCUGGCGUAUCGCUCAUGUGCAUGAACCGAACCACACAAGCAGGAAGCUAUGAAGGUUUUGACCAGUCUCAGAGCCACAAAGCAGUGGAGCCUGGAAAUACUGCUUUUGAGGAGAGUCCAGCACCAAUAACUGAACCAGAACUUUUUACAAGCUCUAUUCCAGAAACAGGUUGCUGCUCCUGCUCCAUGAGAAAUGGUGAAUUGCACUGCUCAUCAAUAGAGCCAGUAGCGAACAUAAGCUCCAGUGAGCCUGCGAUUCCUUCAUUUGAGAAAAACGAUCUUUGUGUGAGUCGCUGUAACUCCCAGAGCUGCAUAUUAGCUCAGGAAGAAGAACAGUAUCUACAAAGUGGAGACCAGCAACUGACCCGACAUGUGUUGAUGUGUUUACUUCUCAUCAUUGGCCUGUUUGCUAAUCUUUCCAGUUGUUUAUGGUGGCUAUUCAACCAAGAGCCUGGAAGACUUUAUGUUGAGUUACAGUUUUUCUGUGCCGUGUUUAACUUUGGCCAGGGAUUUAUUUCCUUUGGAAUCUUUGGAUUAGAUAAACAUUUAAUCAUCCUACCUUUCAAAAGAAGAUUUGAAUUCCUAUGGAACAAUAAAGAAACAGCAGAAAACAGGGAAUCUCCUGUUUCAGAAGAAAUAAGAAUGACCUGUCAACAAUUUAUCCAUUAUCACCGUGACCUCUGUAUCCGAAACAUUGUCAAAGAAAGAAGGUGUGGUGCAAAUACUUCUGCUGGAACUUUCUGUGGCUGUGACCUGGUGAACUGGCUAAUUGAAGUUGGCCUUGCCUCUGACCGUGGUGAAGCUGUGAUAUACGGAGACAGGCUGGUACAAGGGGGAGUCAUCCAACAUAUUACCAACGAGUAUGAAUUCCGGGAUGAGUACUUAUUUUACAGAUUUCUUCAAAAGAGUCCUGAACAGAGUCCUCCUGCUAUUAAUGCAAGCACUCUCCAACAGGAAAGAUAUAAAGAAAUUGAGCAUUCAUCUCCACCCUCACAUUCGCCUAAGACCUAAAUUAUGAAGGGGAGAACCCUACAUGGGAAUCAUAUUCUAGCCCCAUAUUCAUUACUUUUUAGCUGGGUAACCUUGGGCCAGUUCCAGCGGCAACCUCUCUGAGCCUCAGUUGUCUCUUCUGUAAAAUGUGAUAAGAUGUGUUCCCACCACGUGCUCAGGGUCUGUGAUUUUAUGUAUAUGUAAAACACACAGGAAGCUGACUUACGAAAAAGAAAACCAAAUUAAAGUUCUGAUAAUGAA